AUGCAGGUCUGGAAAGUCCGAAUUGCUGAACCCGCCUCUGAUUCGGGGAUGCCGACCAAUCCCCAAUCAUGGGCUUUAAGUCGACGGCCCGCUUCUUCUCUAGAUGUGAUUCCUGACAACUAUCAAGCCUAUGAGAUUUCACACUUUUGCGUUUCCCCCAAAUAUCGUGAUUACCUGGAAAGACUUAUGAUUCCAAAUGGCCUGAUUAAGGAUCGAAUUGAGAAGGUUGCUUCGGAGAUUGUUGAGCACUAUGAGAAGCAAAAGGUCCAGCACAUCAUUGCAAUCUGUGUCCUGAAGGGUGGUUUUAAAUUCUGCGUUGAUCUUAUUGAUGCCAUGGAGCGGACAAUUCGUGCUCGCGGCACUCUCAUCCCCAUUUCAACCGAUUUCAAUACUUCUUCUACCGAUUCCAUUACCUUGACUGGUGUUGAUGACCCUUCAAUUUACAAGGGCAAAGAUAUUUUGAUUGUGGAAGAUAUUGUUGACUCUGGAAAAACUAUGUGCAGACUCAACAAGUACUUGAGUACUCUUCAUGCCAAAUCAGUCACUGAUGUCUGUCUCCUGGUUAAGAGAACCCCCCGUAGUUCUGGAUACCGACCUUGCUUUGCCGGUUUUGAAAUCCCAGACGAUUUUGUUGUUGGCUACGCUCUGGAUUAUAACGAAUAUUUUAGAGACCUCCAUCACAUAUGCGUUCUCAACAAAGUUGGAUUAGAAUAUUUUGCAGUGUCCGAAGGGGCUGUUAAUCAUGCAGCAGAGGAAUCCAAGCCUUCUACAUGA